AACCCCGACUAGGCGCUCCACUAAUCCGCAUAUUUCCCAUGAUGCCGGUGGGUUUUUAAUCCUGUCGGCCAUGAUGAAAGAGGAGGAGGAGGAGGAGGAAAAGGUGAUGGAGUAAGCAGAGAGAUACUGCCGGUGUGUUUUAGUCUUUGCAGCUGUGGACGAACAGAGGAGACGACCGAAACAGGAUUUUCAGACGUUUUUUCCUGAAAGAUGGAUUAUUUUGUCCGGAUGCCUCCUUUUCCUCGGUUAAUGGAAGCUCCUGCUCUUCUUCUUCUUCUUCUUCUUCUUCUUCGUCAUCUCUUUUAUUUUUUCUGUCUGUAAAUGUAGCAAGAAGAGAGCAAGAGAAGUUGUCUCUUAGCUGCUGCUGCUGCUGACAGAUUUCAUUUAUCGUGCGCAAAAUUCAAUCGUACAAUAAGCUUUAAUUUCAACGGUGCAUUCAGGUGCAGGUGGGAGAGUUGAAGUUAAGUAUUGCAUUCAGUGUUGGAGGUAUUGUGUUACUCUGCAGAUUACUUCUUCUUGUAACCAAGUAACUUCUAAUUCAUCAGUCGGGGCUUUGCGUCAAACUUCAUUACUGACUGAAAUGUUCCCGAAGCACCGGAUAUCAAACUGUCACGUACUGAAAGCCUGGUCGGAUUUAUAAUUUUGUUCAGUUAUUCUUCGAUCACACAGUUCCAGAUUUAAAUCCACAAUUUGCAAGUUUAGGUUUCUGUUUUAUGGUCAAAGUUCUUGUUCGGCAGCUUGUGUUUAGAUUUGAGAACUUUGGCUUCUUUUGUUUAACGAAAGAAGUCAAAAAAAGUACUGUUUUGGUAUCCGUACGGGAAUUAUAGUGUUGUAUCUGCAACUACAGAUUACAUUCCAAACAAUACGCAACCCUAGACGAACAUAAAAAGCAACCAGCAGUAAGGGGGGGGGGGGUCAAAGGUCAGAGGUCACAGCACCUCACAAUAGAUUGGACAAACAUUACAGAACGAUUCUUAUGGAAAUGUCCUGAAAACUAGCAGCGGCGAGCGAAGAGAGAUUAAAACAUUAAACGUUUCGUAACUUUGUCGGAUGAUUGUUUACUUUUCUGCAGCUGUUUGAAUUCUUUUUUAUGCAUCUUGUAUUAUUUAAAGCUCUUUGGCACUUUAGUAGCUUAACAAAUGUCUUUGAUAGCUUACUAGCUUUGGGUCCGUUUUGUAUUAUAUUUUAGUUUUGUAUCUCCCUAUAAUUGUUAAUAUGCUACAUGAAGCACUUUAUAUUGCAGUCAUUUGCUCAAAGGCUGCUGUAUAAGAAACAGAGAGUCCGUUUUGGGAGGAUUAGCUUUGAUAUGCAGCAGAGUGUGAGCCUCGCAAGUUAAGUUCUUAUUUUUGGGGUGAAGACGUGGACGUCAGCUGGUUAUUAAAGUCUGCAGCUAUAAACAGGAAAUACGACAGAGCGGGAAGUAAACGGGAAGGAAGAGGGGUUUUUCUUUUAAAUGCGGCGAGCGAUGGCGGCGUGCACCGAAUGUUUUUGUCCACCAGGAGAGAACAGCUCCUCUGCUGGACAGAGGAGCUUUCUGGGAUUCACCUCCUUCUCCGUCAGAGAUCUGCUCGGGUCCAAGGAGCCUCACAUCUCCCUGAGCCUCAGGACGAUGGAUGGCGUGAACGAGGUCGGGGAGGUGAAGGUGUCCCGUCUGCAGAUGGAGGGAGACAGCGAAGAUAAAACUCCUUCUGCGCACAAGUGUCCUGCGCUGUGCGACGGUCUUCACAGCUCCGUCCACGACAGAGAAAACAGUCCGAUGAUGAGAGCCGUGCUGUGUGCUCAGGUGUCUAAGGUGUACAGGUUUCAGACGGAGGAUCAAAGAUGGCUGCUGGUCAGAGAACAGAUGUCAGAGACGCCGCUCUCUUUCUCUUUACCCAAACAGCUACUGAGCGCGCUCAUACGCGAGCACACGAGCAGGGUUCAGGAAGUGAAGGAGCUCGGUGACCUUUCACCCCACUGGGAUGGGCUCCGCCACGAUGUCAUCAACCACUGUAACCACCUGAUUGGCUCCUAUCAGGAAACGCUUGCUGAGCUCGACAAGCUCUCAGCCUCGUCCUGUUUCAAGUCGAGCAGCAGUAAAUCAGGUAAACACCUUCAGUUUGUUCCAACCAACCUGCACUCACAGAGGAUGGAGGUCACCAAUCCCGACAGCACAGGUGUGUGGUAUGACUUCAUAACAUUUGGUGCUCCAGCUGAUCACCACCAGGCCUUCAAACACGGAGGACUGAAGAGACUGCUCAGCAAACACACAAACCACAGAGACAGCUCCAGCUCCAUCUCGUACUCCCAGGAUGAGAGCUCCAGAGCCAGGGAGCUGCUGGCCAGCGUGUCCCAGCUGCAGCCUCUGGUCUUCGGGCUCGCUGAGGAGCUGCUGUCCGUCUCUCUGGAGCUGAACGCGGCCCGGCUGCAGCAGGUCCUGGACAGCCUGACUCAACAGACAGACCAAUUUGUUCAUGCACUCAAAGACGAGCUGGUGAAAUGCGCCCUGCUGGCGAUCCACAACCAGUUCUCAGCCAACUGCAACUGCAGCCACGUCCACAGCAACGGGUUGCUCUGUGACAACACGACAGCCAAUCAGGACGGACAGAUCUCGCUAUGGCAACAGGAAGCCAGCCGACCGGACAGGGAGUACGACGAGGAGGAAUGGGACAGGGCGUGGGCGAACGUUGCCAUGAGUCUCAACUGCAUCAUCGCCAUGGGCGACCGGCUGCAGGGGCGGGAGGACCGCUCUCAGGAGCUGACAUCAUCAGAGCAGCAGGAAGCCAAGGGGGACACAAACUCUCAGAACACCGCUUCCUCCUCCUCCUCUGCGUCCUCCUGGCAGGAGCAGCUGCUCCCCCUGGUGGUCACUCUCAGGGACUGUGUGCGCGAGGCGGUGGGGAAGGCUCGAGCCGCCAUGACCUUCGUGGUCCUGCAGGGGGCGGUGGCCGCGACCGUCGCCCAGGGAUCUGCGCAGCUCGUCCAGAGACGCCACGCCGUCUUCAGCCAGGCGCUCUCAGCGGUGGUGUGCGGUUUCAUGCUGAAGCUGUACGGAGGUCUGGAGGAUCCUGAGUUCCUGCAGCAGCUUCACUCUGUCGGAGUCCUGGCUCAGUUCGAAGGCCUGCUCAGCACCUACGGUGACGAGGUGGGGAUGCUGGAGGAUAUGGAGGUGGGUGUGGCAGACCUGAGCGAAGUUGCGUUCACCGUCACCGAAGCUAAAACAGAACAACCGGACGACCUGCUGCCGACGCUCAGUGGAGCACGGGGCAGUUUGGUCGUCGAGGUCCCGUUGCCCCCGGAGACCUUCGGGUCGUUGCCACGGGAACUGAAAGAGGGGCGUUUGAUACGACUUCACCCUGUUCUCUUCAACAUUGGAAUUAACCAGCAGCAGAGUCUGGCUGAGAGGUUUGGCGACAGCUCCCUGCAGGAGAGAGUGAACCAGCAGAGCUGUGAGCGUCUCAGAGCUUACUGCAACACACUGGGAGACAGUCGGCCCGACACGGCUGGUAUCCAGUCACUGUCGGACCUGCUGUCCUCUCUGGAUCGCAGUGUGGAAACCAGGAAGAGGAAGAACGUGGAGGUUCUGUGGAUCGCUGCUACGGUGUGUCGUAAGGUGAACGGCGUGCGUCUGACGAGCUGUAAGAGCGCGAAGGACCGCACGGCGAUGUCGGUGACGCUGGAGCAGUGUGUGUUACUGAGAGAGCGACACACACUCGGCCAGCAGCACUUCAGCACGGCGCUCGACUGCAUGAGGAGAUCUCGUCUGUCCUGGGGGCAGAUGCUGGGCUGUUAUGCCCAGCCAGGGAUCACUGUCUGUGGGUUAGACCCAGGGGAGCGUCCCUCAGGUCUCCAGAGCUCCUGGCUCCCGCAGUGUUUGUUCCCUAAAUCUCCCGGACGACACCUGUACCCGGUGGCCUUCCUCCUGGUGACCUCUCACCUGCUGGUUCUUUGGCUCAUCCUCAGCCUGGUUAUACUGCUGGCCAAAUACCCGUAGACCAGCACAGACUGGGAACACUGGGCGCAAAGUGGACUAGAUGGACCCGUAGACCAGCACAGACUGGGAACACUGGGCACAACGUGGACUAGAUGGAUGAUACUGGUGUCUGUUUUUAUUAUUGAACAAGACAAUUUCCCAAAAAAGGGCCUCAUGCAAGAACAUAUUCAUAUUUUUCUCCUAAAUGUUCUUUACUUUUUUUUUUUUUUAAUCGUACAAAAGCUUCAAGUCAGAUUCACCAAAACUUGUCGUAAAUCCUUCAUUUCAGCCUGACGGGUGUCACCUGCUCACGAGGAGGAGCACGUUCGUGAGAUUUGAUCAUUUGCUUAAUCGGCUCCCCUAAAUGGCUGCCUGUUCUCCUCCGUUUGUGGGCAGGUUUCAUUCACAAAAGUGUUUCACACUGCGCACUUUCUAAAGCAAAGCGGUCCGCGACUACUGCGAGAUACUAGACGAGCGAAUACUACGGCCUGCAGCAGGUGAUGUUACGCUGUCGGGUGUUACAACAGACGAUGGGACUGGACAGAAGCAGAAAUCAGAAGCAGAAACAGGUUUAUUGCAAGUCGGUUUUCACAUAUAAGGAAUUUGCUUUGGUAUUUUGGUGCAUAACGAUAAACGUAGAGAAUUAAAAAAGAUUUAUAAAAAAAAAAACAAGUACUUCAAAAGUCAAGAAUCAUAAAUAAUAUAAUAUAUAAAUAAUAGAAACAUUUAUGUAAAAAAAAUAUGUGAAAUAUAUUUGAAGAGCUGUUCCUGAAAUAUGUCAAUAAAAUCAUAAACGCUAGAAAACCUCUGUAAAGUGAAGAAACGGUGAACGGGCCGUUUAUUUUGCACCGUUUCAGUUGUAUGUUUUAUUUAAAUUUAAUAUCUGUAUCAUAAUUAAACUAAAUGUAUUCAGAUUCUGGUUAUUAGUCGUCUGAGCCUCGUUAAUUUAGUUCGUUUGGCGAAAUGUGACAAAUUCUCUUAAAUCACUUGAGCGGUUCCCGCACGAGGCCCGAUGUUGUUGUUUCUUUACUGUCCUGUUUUAUUUCUUCACGAUUUCAUCGUUAUAAUUUAAUUUACUGUGCAUGUGUGUGUGUCUGUGUGUGUGUGUUUUUUAGCUGUUGUUUUCAAAUUAAACAGCGUUUUUUUGGUUGACAAAUACUGAUGAAGCAGCAGGUAACACUUGAGAAUGAGCGUGUGUGUGUGUGUGUGUGUGUGUGUGUGUGUGUGUGUGUGUGUUAUCCAGCCAUACCUCACUGUUCAUCUGUGUGUGUUGGUGUGUGCAUGUGUGGGUGUGUGUGUGUGUGUG